GAGGUUUAGAUAUUUGUGUUGUCCCAUGUGUCUACUAGAUGUCUAUAUUUAGUUGUUGUCAUGUGUCGCGCUGGUCAGCUGGGAUCCUGGAGCAGGACACGCCUCUGGGCUGAAUGGAGUGCGCCGCGCGUAAAGUCCGACCUGCGGCGGAUCCAAACUUUUUCGUUAUCUCCUUUCACGGUUUUUAAUAAGUAUCCAGUCGACGAUUUUUGCUUCGUUUCAAGUCGAUUAAAUGCAGCGAUGACGCGAGAGGAAGAUCUCAUCCGGAUUGCAAAGAAACUGGACAAGAUGGUGUCUAGAAAUAACACGGAGGGCGCCAUGGACCUGCUUAAAGAACUGAAAGGUUUCAAUAUGACACUUAAACUUCUCCAGGAAACGAGGAUUGGCAUGUCUGUGAACGGGAUCAGGAAGCACUGCACAGAUGAGGAAGUCAUUGCUUUGGCAAAGGUCCUCAUUAAAGACUGGAAAAGACUUCUGGACUCUGGCCAUUCUCACUCGGAGAAACCGGCGGAGAUGAAGAACGGACUGGACCCCAGCAAAACCGCAGCGUCUCCAAACAGCUCGCCCUCCAAGACACAGAGUAGUCACAGGAUAUUGGAUGUCAAACCAAAACAUGACUCAGAUCCUGAAAAAAAAUACUUCGAUAAAAACGGAAAAGAGAAACAUAACAAUGAGCACAAAAACAAAAACAGACACGGCAAUGACCUCAAGGAUGAAAAGCACCUGGCGGAGCCAGAAAUCAGGAAAGAAAAGCAUUUAGAAGAAGGCAAACAACAAAAAGCCGUGGAGGGCACCCAAAUGGAGAUAGAUAACAAGAAACAGAAGCAUGGACAAGACCUGCAGAGUGAAAGACACAAGCCAGAACCAAGGACAGAAAGACCCUUAGAAGAACCAAAAAAGAGGAGACACGUGGAAGAACUCAAACAGGAUAAACACCCUGAGGAGCCCAAGAAGCAUAGCUGUGCAGAGGACACAAAGAGGGACAAGCACAGAGAAGAAAGCAGACAUGAGAGGCAGAUAAACACACCCCAACGAGAGAGACUGUCGAGCGAACCCCAGAGACAGAAACCUGCUGAUGUUCACAAGCCAAUAUUUGAAAGGAGAGGGGUCUUGGACAGCAGUAUUCUGUAUCCCAACCGGUUUCCCUCUCCUCCUCGACCUGCUCGGCCUUCUCUCCCGAUCAAACGCCCCUCUUUAGAUGUGAAAAAAGACAGGAAGGAUGGUAAAGACGCUUCCUCCCGACAUGCUCAUCCUCACGCUCCUCGACCCGCCUCUCCUCCGGCUAAGCAGCGACCUUCACUGGAAGUAAAGAAAGAGAGGAAAGUUCCACCGGACCCAAAUGCUCCGAUACCUCCUCUUCCUCUUCACCUUCAUCCUCCUCCACCAAGAAAAGAGCCUCCCGACCCCAACGCUCCUCUUCCUCCGCUCCCUCUUCACCUUCACCCCCCGCCGCCUCCUCCGAAGCGUUCCUCACUGGACGGGAGAAAGGAGAGAGAGCGCAGGAAGGAGUCAUUGGACUCGAAACCUCCUUCACAGAAGAAGACAUCAGAUCACGUGAAGAAAGACAGGAAAGACUCAUCGGACAGCAAAGUGUCUAACAAACACUCCAAUGAAGCCAAGAGAGAAAGGAAAGAUUCCUCUGAACCACCAUCUCCCAAAAAGCCCAGUUUGGAUGUCAAAAAAGAAAAACACAGGAAGGACUUCUGCGACUCGAAGCCAGGCCAACCUGUGAAACGUCAUUCAACUGACCCCAAACCUGACAGGUGGAGAGAGUCUCAGCCUGGACUCCACAGAGACCUCUCAGCCUGGACCUCCACAGAGGAAGCCAGCUGUCAGUGUAUGUCGAAUUUUUGUUCAAUAUUCAAGUCAUUAAAGGGAAAGGUCGAUGCCCCUAAAACUCCCACCACCCCGACCAGCCCCGUGUCACCCAGCUUCAGUUCUGCUGGGGGUCCACUGUCUCCUCACUUGGCUACUGGAGACUCCAUCAGGGACAAGUGCAUUGAGAUGCUGGCAGCUGCCCUGCGCACAGACGACGACUACAAAGAAUUUGGAGCUAACUGUGACAGCAUGGCAGCAGAGAUUGAAGAUCAUAUCUACCAGGAGAUAAAGGCCACCGAUAUGAAAUAUAAGAACAGAGUCCGCAGCCGCAUCAGCAACUUGAAGGACCCCAAGAACCCUGGGCUUCGCAAAAACGUACUGGCACGGAGCAUCGAGUUAAGCCGCAUUGCCACCAUGUCUGCCGAGGAAAUGGCCAGCGACGAGCUGAAACAGCUGAGGAACGUUCUCACCCAGGAGGCCAUCAGGGAGCACCAGAUGGCCAAAACCGGUGGCACCACCACCGACCUGCUGCAGUGCGGCAAGUGCAAGAAGAAGAACUGCACCUACAACCAGGUGCAGACACGCAGUGCUGAUGAGCCGAUGACCACAUUUGUCCUGUGUAAUGAAUGUGGUAACCGCUGGAAGUUCUGCUGAUGCCUUCCAGGUGAAACCACUUUUUUUUGUGAGCGUAUGGAACUGCAUAUUUUCUAUAAUGGGUGGGAAGGGAGUUUAUAAAUUAUUGCAGCUAGUGAUUUAAAACAGUAUUCUUACAAUUUUUACUUGAAUUUUUGAGAUUUAUAAGCAUGUGCUAAUAAUCGGGGUUUGCUUUAUGUUGAUUUAAAGACUGAGCAUGAAUGUCAUUUCGAUGACUGCCUCAUUAAAUCAGCCCAGUCAGAAGACAUUAAUAGUGAUCAUUGUGCUGUCAUUACGGAAAGACGAUCAUAACCCAGUUAAUAUACCAUGUCAUAUUACGGCUGUUCACUUUGUAUAUAUCAAAUUCAAAUAAACUGCAUAAUU